GUUUUGUAGAGAACUCAGAAAUAAUUUGCGAAUUACAAUUUGAUCAAACCUCUCUUCUUCUCCUCUUUCUUCUUCCUUCUUCAUCAAAACUAUUACAUUUCUACAUUAUCUCAAACAUCUCCAAAUCAUUAUCUUACACGAAGAAGGAAGAGAUAAGAGCAUCAAUUUUUAAGUAUCGGGGUUUCAAUUUGCAUUCGAUCUUUUAUUCCAUAUUUUACUAUUUGAUUUGAUUUUACCAAAACCUAAAAAAAAAAUCUGCAAUUUUGGGAGGGAAAAUUGUCCUUCAAACUAUUCUUGAUUUCGUCUCUGUCCCCUCCAAACAAUAACCAAAAGCCAAAAGAGAAGUGCUACAAAACAUCAAUGGCGGAGGAGAGAUCGCCGAGUAAGGUGAAGUUCAUGUGCAGUUUUGGCGGCAGAAUCCUCCCUAGACCAUCGGACAGUGUUCUCAAAUAUGUCGGCGGAGAGACUCGCGUCGUUGCUGUAUCUCCUGACAUCUCCUUCUCCGAACUCAUGAAGAAACUUACGGCAAUCACAGAGAACGAUAUUGUGCUCAAAUACCAGAUCAUUCCAGAAGAUCUUGAUGCAUUAGUUUCUGUAAAGUCUGAUGAAGAUGUGAAACACAUGAUAGAGGAAUAUAACCGUCAUGAAACACCCAAGCUCAGAACUUUCUUGUUUCCUGCAAACCCAGUGGUUCUUGAGAGUCAGUUAGGCCCCAUCGAGCCACAAACCAUAGAGCAACGCUACAUUGAAGCCAUCAAUGGCAUUCUUCGCACAUCCAAGAGUGCUACUGCUCUUCGUGCUCCCAUCAAAACACGACCUUCCUUCACCGUCUCUACUUGCUCCUCUCCCAAAUCAGAAUCACCUGAUGGAUACAGUCACGAGCCGCCAGAAACGAGUUUUCAGAACAACUACCAAUUGAGCCGGCUUUACCCAAUGCAUAGAGUGCAUAGCAGUCCCAACAUCUCACACCAGCUGCAGCCACACAGCCACUACCACAACCACAACCACAAUGCAUACGUGCAGCCUCCUACUAACUACUUAACGUGUAGGCCACGACUACCAACACCGUUAGAAAUUCCCAGAGGCAUCGGUUGGGACCAAUCAUACACAACCACACAUAACUCAGGUGGCGGUAAUGGCAAGUACGGGUGCAAUGAUGACCGCAGGUUCUGGGGAAGAGCAAGCAGCGUUCCUCAAAGUCCUAGGAACCAUGGACUCCGCCUCUGAUAUGCUAUGCUGCAUUACAUUGCAACCAUCUGUAUAUAUUUGGUUAUGUGUUUGUUGUACAGUUCAACUUUGUAGGUAUCUAAUGUGCGCCUGCAUGAUAUGCUAACAGAGAACGUCUCUACUUCUCUGUGAAAGGCUGCAAGAGGUUUGGUUUAUUGUACAUGUUUUGUAACAACACUGCAUUUAUCGACAAUAUGUGCUCCAGAAUAUUGCUUCAAUCAUGUGUUU